AUGUCUUCGCCUUCACUGGAGACGAACGAUGACCAGAAGCCCCAGCUCUCUCGUGCCGCCAGCUACACCGAUCUUCCCAGUCAAACCGCAACGGAAUCCAGUUUAAGACGUACUUUCUCCGAUUAUGCUGUGCCGACUUUGGCAGAAUCACCGACAAAGGAAACCGUGGCUGCAGGGAAAGACAUUCUUCGCCGCACCUCUCUUCGCUCCAAGGACAGGUCAAAGCCAGCCACUAUCUCACGUUUUACAUUAUCGUCGGAGGAUUUGAAGGAUGCCGAUUCACAUGUGCCGGAAACCAGGGCACCGGAGCCCGCUGCGAGGCCAUCCAAGAGCCGGUCAAUGUCUGGAAGGAUCGUCAGCCUUGCGAGGAAACCAUGGGGCUCUUCCUCCCGGUCUCCGUCACCGUCAGCGAAAAGGUCCAAACAGCAGGAUUCUCAGUCCCCAACUAGUUUCAGCGGUCGAAAAACAGAAGAUGAUCAGACACAACCUUCCCGCAAGCGAACGAUCCUCUAUAAACGCCCACGCCGGCCAAUGCUAGCUGUUAUAGCCAAGGGCCCCGAAGACAGUCCCGGCUCUCCAAACAGUCCAUCUGGCAAUUCGCUACGGCACCGGUCUUCAUUCGAAAAAUUCACAGCAUCACUUUCUGUUUCGACCCCGCUCUUACCACCUAUGCCCAAGGGAGCUGCGGAAACUGCUGCGGCGUAUGCGAAUUCCGGCACCGAAUCUGCACGGAAAAAGGACGAGCUUUGGGGCGUCUUUCGUGGCUUGGAGGCGGAUUUCCAAAAGUUCCAAGCCAAAUCUAGCUCACUGAAAGCUAACGUCAUCCGUACCUCGCUCCUCCCUUUUCUCAGCCGCCAUCACCUCCAUGGCUCAUGCAAGAACCUCAGACCGGAAGACCUGGAUCGCCGAGUCAAUAUUCUUAAUAAAUGGUGGAUUGGAAUGCUAGAGAUGCUCAAUGGCAAGCAUAACCAGUCGAUAUCGGGAACCGACAGACCGGUGUUCCUGGAAGCUAUCGUGGGAAUCAUGGCUCGACCGGAAUGGCGCAUACCCUUCCCCAUGGCCCAGAAUGGAGAUGGGCCUACGGAAUCGUUGAAAUAUGCGUCAACUUCAGUGUCGGAAACAUCGGAUGGGUCAGGCUCCUCGGGUUCGGAUUUCCUGGUUGAAUCGAUUCAUCACAACAUCCGAAACAUCUUCAUUCAAAACCUCCUUUCUCAAAUGGGAUUCGUGGUUGAACGAAUGUCUAUGAGACAUGCGCCAGCUAGCCUGGUUGCUUUUUGUGGCAAGGUUUGCGCAUAUGCCUUUUUCUUCUGUCCCGGGGUGCCCGAGAUCCUGGUCCGCCUGUGGAGCACGCCUCCUAAUAUGUUCCGACGCAUCUUGUCAGAAUCAGCCGGGUCGCGCACUGGAAAUAUGCGUGCAUACACGCAAGAACUCGCUCUGUGCUUUCCGCCGGCUCUCCGUCCCCUAGCGUUUCACUCGCAAUCCCCUCUGUUGCGAUAUCUACGCCAGAAACCCGAACUACCCUUGAAUACCACUCAUAUUAACUGGAACCGCCCGUGGAUUGCACGAUGGGCUGGGCGUGACACGGACCUCUUCUUUGUCUUCGUCAAAUACAUUCAUAUUCUGUACGCUGAGUAUUUGCCUCCGGGGACUGAAAAGGCAAAACGGAUAUUGGCACCUGGGCUGUUGAUAGUUCACGCGCAACUCCUGCUCGUUCUGGAGGACACGAUCUACAAACAAUCGGCACAACAGGGGUCCGACAAUCCCCACACAGCUGCUGCAAUCACCUUUGAUGAUUUUAUCGAGUCGCCGGAUGCUUCUGCCUCCACUCAGCAUCUUCGAAGUGGCAGCAACACUCAUCGGUUGAUGGCAGAGAAUCGUUUGAUUAUCCUUCUCCGAGACUUACUGUCUGCAUCGUCGGUAGAACCAAAUCGAGCUCGAUUACUAUUUGCCGAAUCAUUUUGUGGCAUAAUCAAAGCCGCAGCGCAGAAAACGUCUCUCUUUGAUCAUAAUGCAUGUUUUUUGUUGUGUGACUUCCUCGAGGAGGUCAUUCCAAUCAUUACACGUUAUGCCCAGUCGAUUGAAACCGAAUUGUUUGAUUGGGGCUUUUGGCUCGAUGUUUGUCGUCAAAUGAUGCAGAGCCACAAUUCGCUCACGGAGGUACGGGUAUUUUCUUUCCUCUUCUGCAUCUGGGGUACCUGGACUGCGACAGAAGAAAGAAAAGCAUCUAUCUGCCUAGACUUCUUGUUGCAUGAGCCGGUAUUCUACCACUACUUCAAUCACUGGAGUCCGAUGGUGCGAGCCUAUUUCCAUCGUUUGUUGUGUUGGAGGGUCGGUCGGUUCCAUACUGAUCCCUCAUCACUUGACUCCAACGUCUAUGAGAUUCUUUCAGAUCGACUCCUACGAGUCUGGGAGUAUUACAUCGGAUUCCAAUCUAAGGCUGAACAAGGCAUGGCAGCUCCUUUGUCCUCUGCUCCCUGUACACCCGCUCCAGGACGAAGAAUCAUCAUUAUCCGAUGCGAGAACCAAUUGUCUCCUGUCAAUCUUUUCGUCAGCUUUGACCGAGUCGUUCCACCCGUUCCCUCGGACCAACUGACGUCACACAAUAGAACCGGAUCGUCCGACUCUAGUGGUUCAGAUGGUCAACCAGCUAAACGACGGUGGGGGAUACUCAAGGCCAUGUUUGGCAGCUCUUCCAACCCACGUUCCGGCGAUGGAGUCAGCAGCAGCAGUUCUGAUGACUCCGAGAAUCCCGUACCAGAUCCAACAAUGACUGUGGAUAGCAAAUGUAUGGAUGAACACGAACAAACUGCGACCCACAGUAUGGACGACGAGAUCAUCCGCCCCAAAGCUCUCCACCAGCCAUUCUUUUUCAAAUUCUCUUUGGAAUGGAUGGAUCGCCCGCAAUGGCCCACGAAAAACAAACGUCUUUUCACCCCAUGUCUCCCUGUCGCAUCCCAAUUGCACGUCGAGCAUCGACGUUCUCCUGAGAAGUCGGAGUAUGAUACAGCAUCAGAGAACCCGGGCCAGUCCGACCUCGAGAACGAUGAACCAGAACCAGACAUCAUCACCACCGACCAAGAUACUCCCACGCAGCCUACCUCAGAUACCUGGCCGCGAACACCUACAACCAAGAACUCCCCCUUACCUGAACUUCCUUCCCAGCCUUCUUACGAUCAUCUUGUGUCUAGCAAAUAUGCAGGCCGUGCCCUUGCGGAAUGGGCACACAUUGUCUCCGAAUGCGAUAGCUUUUUCGCCCGUCGUCGUGACGAGGGCGUCCCCACUGAUCAAAUGGUGGAAACCCCAACCUUGGGGGUUGAUAACUUCCGCAAAUAA